GGGGCGGGCCGAAGGCGAGAGCGUUGGGAAGCGAAAGUGUCAAUGUCAUACAAACCUGGAUCGUUUCUAUCAGUCGAUUACAACAUCAUCUACAGAUAACGCGAGUCAGUGGAGACAGACAGCAGCAGGUCAGCGUUUGGAUUUAACCUAGUGAAGCAGAAGCUGCCGGUGGACUGGCUGUUCUCAGGAAUCAUGAACUCUCUCUCGGGUAAGAGUGUGCUGGCGCUGUGCAGGGUUUUCUCCAGCCCCCUGUCGCUCCCUCCAGCUAUCGUAGGGGCAGUGAGGGUCUGUCACUCGGGCGUGAGCUCCAAGGGCACGGUGUUCACCAAAAAACGAGGCUAUGAUAUCACCAGGAACCCCCACUUGAACAAAGGCAUGGCGUUCACCCUGGAGGAGAGGUUACAGCUGGGUAUCCAUGGCCUGCUGCCUCCCUGUUUCCUCUCUCAGGAUGUCCAAGUGCUUCGUGUCAUGAAGAGCUACGAGACACGCAGUAACCCUCUCGACAAAUACAUAUUGCUGAUGACACUGCAGGACAGAAAUGAGAAGCUUUUCUAUCGUGUGUUAACCUCUGACAUUGAAGAAUUCAUGCCUAUCGUCUACACUCCUACUGUGGGCCUGGCCUGCCAACAGUAUGGCCUUGCUUUCAGAAGACCAAGAGGGUUAUUUAUCACUAUCCAUGACAAGGGGCAUAUUGCUACGAUGCUGAACUCCUGGCCAGAGGAGGACAUUAAGGCUAUAGUGGUGACCGACGGAGAACGAAUCCUGGGAUUAGGAGACCUGGGCGGCUAUGGAAUGGGGAUCCCAGUGGGCAAACUAGCUCUGUAUACAGCAUGUGGAGGAGUGCCACCUCAGCAGUGCCUGCCUGUACUGCUGGAUGUGGGCACUGAUAAUCAGGCCCUCUUAGAUGACCCCUUGUACAUUGGCUUAAAGCACAAAAGAGUGAGGGGCAAAGAAUACGAUGACCUCAUUGAUGAGUUCAUGCAAGCUGUCACCGACAAGUAUGGGAUGAAUUGUCUAAUUCAGUUUGAGGAUUUUGCCAACAGCAAUGCCUUUCGUAUUCUCAAUAAAUACCGCAAUCGUUAUUGCACCUUUAAUGAUGAUAUCCAGGGCACAGCUUCUGUUGCUGUUGCUGGGAUCCUAGCUGCUCUUAAGAUUACAAAGAAUAAACUCUCUGACCACAAGUUCGUGUUUCAGGGAGCAGGAGAGGCCGCCUUGGGCAUUGCUCACUUACUGAUAAUGGCCAUGGCCAAGCAAGGUGUAUCUCAUGCUGAGGCUGUCAAGAGGAUUUGGAUGGUGGAUUCUAAAGGCCUAAUUGUCAAGGGCAGAGGUCAUCUGAACCAUGAGAAGGAAGAAUUUGCACAUGAGCAUCCACACAUAAAGACACUAGAGGAAGUGGUGGAAACCAUCAAGCCCACAGCUAUCAUUGGUGUGGCUGCCAUAGUGGGUGCUUUCACUGAGAAGAUCAUCAAGAACAUGGCCACUCACAACGAACGGCCAAUUAUUUUUGCCCUUAGCAAUCCCACAAGCAAAGCUGAGUGCACAGCAGAGCAGUGUUACACACUUACUGAGGGAAGGGGCAUAUUUGCCAGUGGAAGCCCCUUUAAAAAGGUCACUUUGGCAGAUGGACGCAGCUUCUACCCUGGCCAGGGAAACAACGCUUAUGUGUUCCCUGGAGUAGCAUUGGGAGUCAUCGCCUGUGGUGUUCGCCAUAUCUCAGAUGACAUUUUCCUUACUACAGCAGAGGCGAUUUCUGACAUGGUUACUGAGGAGCAUCUGGCUGAGGGCAGACUGUACCCCCCUCUGAAGACCAUCAGAGAAGUGUCCUUCAAAAUUGCUGUUAAGAUUGUGGACCACGCCUACAAACAAGGCAUUGCUUCCUGGUACCCUGAACCCAAAGAUAAAGAGGCCUUUGUUUUAUCCCAAGUCUAUAACUCUGAUUACGACUCCUUCACUCUGGAUUCAUACAGCUGGCCCAAGGAUGCCAUGAAAGUUCAGGACGUGUAGAUUAUUCAUCCACAGCCCACUAACGAGGAUAAGCUCAUAUCAGUCACAUGCCUUAUUUCUCAGUUUAUAAUCAUCUGACAAUAUACACUCCAGCUCCAGGCCACCCAAUCCUUAAAAAGUAGCUGCUCUCACUGAUUCGACACAAGAUGAGCUGUAUCCGCUGAGGGCUAGCAGCGAUAAAAUUAUGCAUUGUUCAUUCAUGCUCAAAUUGUCUUCAGAACAGUGGCUCAGUUCAAAAGGAAAAAUGCAGCUAUGUGUAAUAAGCACUUUCCCAAUUUACCAGGCUACUGAAUUAGUGAUCUUCUCCAGUUUAUUAGUUCUAAGUUAGCAUUCUGUCAGUAAUUUCUUUUAUAUCUAACUAGUGAUCCACUCCAAAUAUUUAGCGUUCCUGGAAUUGCAAAUAUCAAUGUAGGGAGAGACUAUUUUUGUACAGCGACUCCCACUAGAAAAUGACAGACUGCCUGGGUUGAAUGUUUGUAUGAAAAGGGAUUUUCAUUAGGUAGGUAGGUAAAGUAGUUAUUCAGUUGACUGCAGUUUGAAUUGACUCCUUUUGCAAAUAAUUUUUUUUUUUUUUUUUUUUUUUACAAGUUGUCUAUGCCAAAGUUUAUCUAAUUUUAAAUGUAUUAUUGUCAUGUAUCAAUGAAUACUGGAAAUUGUUAGCUUGAGUAUAUCAGUUUAUUUAAGUGUCCACCUGAAAAGCAAGCUAUAUAUGUGUUCAUUGCAGUGUGUGGAAUUGUUUUUAACAUUUCUCCUCAUUUAGAAAUAGGCUUUGCUUAUUAGUAACGCACAACUAUGGAAUUAUAUUUUCAGAUAUUCAAGGAGAUUUUGAAGGGACAGUGACUUUUAAAUAAACACUUAAAAAAUAUGUGGGUUUUAUGUUUAUUUAAUGAGAGUGAGCUGCUAUCUUGGCCUAUAGUUAUUUUUUAUAUGGAGCAUCUAAAGUGGUUUGCUCUUCAGGAUUUUGUUUUUGUUUACUAUUCAAAAAGCGACCACAAAUGUUCAAUGAGAAAACGGAUUUAGAAUAAACUAUAUCUAGUAUUCUAAAAAAUAAAUCUAAAAACACAGAAAUAGUUGUUGUUUUGCAAGGUGAAUAUAAAUACGUAACAAAAAGCUUAACCUUUAAUACUUAUUAUAUAUUAGAAACUCCAGAUUAAUUUAGGGUAUAAUGUUAAAUAGUAAUCGUAGAAAGGCUUAUUUACACAAGUGCUCAGUCUGUAGAAAGGCACAGUUCCUCCUGUAGGUGACGGUGUUGCUGAAGGCAUGCAUUUUGUUCCUAUGGAAUAAUUGUACACAUUUCCUAGUUCAGGGGUCAAUAUAUCAUUAAAAUGCCACAUAAUAUCUAUAAAGUAAAAAGAAAAGGGGGGCUUUUUUUGUGUUGUAUGUUUUGGGUUCCAUUUAUAUCCAUAAUAUGAUGUUUGAUGGUCAAACUGGCCCUAACUGGUUUUAAUACAAUUCACCAAAAAUCACACUAUUAACCAAUGUUGCUCAGACAUCUUGCAGUGUAUUUUUAAGGUUUUUGAAAGUGAAUUCGGGAAAUGUCUCACUUCUUAAAUAACCAGUUUCAUUUCUUCUUUCUUGCUCAAGCAAUCUUCCGUUAUGCCCAGUUAACUUAAAACUCUAAA